CUACUUGAUGGGUCUAUGAUUGUAGGACCGUUCGCACCCCACUCUGCUCCUCAAUACUUCGUUGCAUCAAAGUGACAAAGACGCCUGAGAUUUACUUUAUGGUGUAUCUUAAUGCCUGGUCGUAUAUGAACAACGCUACGUGGCAGUACCCUUCGACAUUUAAAUGUGGACUAUUCUUCCAGUACAAGGCAUUCUAAUAUGGCUUCAUUUUUCACUAGUGAUACUCCAUUGGAUCCCAGACUCUACGGGCUGGACGAUGCUGCGCUCGAGUUCUUCAAGCAGCAGACAGGCAUCACUGAAGAGAACGAGCUGAAGCACCACAUCCUCGCUGUUCAAGCAAAGGCUUUCGCGGUGGCACCGUACUAUUGCAUCUACACCUUCGUAUUCACAAGACUCAGAAUUUCGAAACACCCGAAGUACCAAAGUGCGCUUCAGCUAGGUCGUGAUUGCAAAAGCGCACUGCUGUUGGAUCUUGGAUGUUGCUUUGGCAAUGAUGCACGCAAGGCAGUGGCAGAUGGCUGGCCAGCCACCCAAGUGAUCUCUACUGAUAUCAAGCAAGAGCUUUGGGACCUAGGACACGUCCUUUUCCGGUCUACGCCGGCAUCUUUCCCCUCGCACUUCAUUGCGGGCGACUGUCUUGAUCCAACUUUCUUGUCAUCCGAGCCUGGGCCUUCGUCGCAGUCACUGCCUGAUUUAUCCUCGCUCACCUCGCUGAAUGACUUGCGUGGCAAACUUACUGCCGUUCACGCAGCAUCCAUAUUUCACUUGUUUUCUCAAGAGGAACAGGCAUCGCUCGUCCGCGCUGUAGCUGCUUUGCUGUCUUCUGAACCAGGGAGCAUUGCAUUUGGAUCUCACGUCGGACUUCCGAAGCAGGGUAUCAUACAGGGGAAAGCGGGUGCUAUGAGAGUGAAGAUGUAUUGUUACGAUCCUGAGAGCUGGAAUAAGCUCUGGGAGGAUGCGGGUCCCUUCAAGGCUGAGGCCAGCUUGAAAGAGUUGGUAGGUCUGAAUGGUGAGAUCGGGUGGGAGAUGAUAUGGAGCGCGACGGUGAUCACGAAAUCCGGUGUAUGAAUACGAAAUCCUGCAGAAAGGAGAACACCGGGCAUUGGUAUAAACGAAGAAACAAUUAUAAUGGGCGUAAGCACUUCA